GGGAGGGGGGGAAAAGGGCGUGAAGCCCAAUCGCAGCGCCAUUACACUUGAGGGCAAAGAGGUUAGGAAGCCGGCAUGGCGCUCCGGUCAAUAAAAUCGAUAGCUGGAAGCCGCCUGUGUUCCAGGCAAAGGCGGUGCGGUAGCAGCGCCGCCAUUUUCCCCGAAGGCAUCUUCCGGUGCCUUUCACCCAAGUUCGGGCAGGAGUUUCCUGAAUAAGAGCAAAAGGUUUCCGUUAGCCCCGCGGGCGGCCGAUUCCGAUUCCCUCUGGACCACCCCGGCCACCCGCAGCCCUGGUCCAGCGGGGGCUCCUCAAUCCCAGGGUCCGCCAGCGCCCAAGGGCCGAGGCCUGGACGGGGAAGGCGGUGGCGCCGCUUCUCGGGUCCAAUGGCGCCGCCUUCGGCUCCGCUCUCCGCGCGCGGACCAGGAGACGCCAGACCCAGUCGGAAAAGGGGAAGGAGGCCGAGGGCUCUGAAGUUCGCAGACGUGGCCGUGUACUUCUCCUCGGAGGAGUGGGGGUGUCUGCGGCCCGCGCAGAGGGCUCUUUACCGGGACGUGAUGCGGGAGAACUACGGCCACCUGGGCGCGCUCGGGUGUGCAGGUCCCAAGCCAGCUCUCAUCUCCUGGUUGGAACGAAAUACCGAUGAUUGGGAACCGGCUGCCCUAGAUCCGCUGGAGUACCCGAGAGGGGUAACAAUCCAGAGAAAAACCAGAAAGAAGAAUGGGGAGAAGGAAGGAUUCCCACCUAAGGAGGCACCCCGAAAAGGGAAGCGUGGCCGCAGGCCCAGCAAACCCCGACUGAUACCCAGGCAGACUUCUGGGGGCCCCAUCUGCCCUGACUGCGGCUGUACCUUCCCUGAUCACCCGGCCCUCGAGAGCCAUAAGUGUGCCCAGAAUCUGAAAAAGCCUUACCCUUGUCCAGACUGUGGGCGUCGCUUUUCCUACCCAUCCCUGCUGGUCAGUCACCGGCGGGCACACUCUGGCGAGUGCCCCUAUGUUUGUGACCAGUGUGGCAAACGUUUCUCCCAGCGCAAGAACCUCUCCCAGCACCAGGUUAUCCAUACAGGUGAGAAGCCCUACCACUGCCCUGACUGUGGCCGCUGCUUCCGAAGGAGCCGGUCCUUGGCCAAUCACCGGACCACGCACACAGGCGAGAAACCCCAUCAGUGUCCCAGCUGCGGGCGUCGCUUCGCCUACCCCUCCCUGCUAGCCAUCCACCAGCGCACGCACACGGGAGAGAAGCCCUAUACCUGCCUCGAGUGCAACCGCCGCUUCCGCCAGCGCACUGCCUUGGUUAUCCACCAACGCAUCCACACCGGCGAGAAGCCCUACCCGUGUCCGGACUGCGAGCGGCGUUUCUCCUCAUCCUCCCGUCUGGUCAGUCACCGGCGUGUACACUCCGGGGAGCGUCCCUAUGCCUGCGAGCACUGUGAGGCCCGCUUCUCCCAGCGGAGUACACUGCUCCAGCACCAGCUCUUGCACACGGGAGAGAAGCCCUACCCCUGCCCAGACUGUGGACGUGCCUUCCGGAGGAGCGGCUCCCUGGCCAUACAUCGCAGCACGCACACCGAGGAGAAGCUGCACGCCUGCGACGACUGUGGCCGACGCUUUGCCUACCCCUCGCUGCUGGCCAGUCACCGGCGUGUGCACUCAGGCGAGCGGCCCUAUGCUUGCGACCUUUGCUCCAAGCGCUUUGCCCAGUGGAGCCACCUGGCUCAGCACCAGCUACUGCACACUGGGGAGAAGCCUUUCCCCUGCCUUGAGUGUGGCCGAUGCUUCAGGCAGAGGUGGUCUCUGGCCGUCCACAAAUGUGGCCCCAAGACCCAAAACUGUAGCCCUAGAUCUGCUGUUGGGGGACCCAGCCAGAAGGGUAAUGCCCUUUAAAAAGGGAAGGACUGUGUAAGGUCAUUUCAUUUCUUGGAGAGGCCCAGAAAAAGGAAGGAGGAGCCCUGGGUCAUACAGGGCAGAAUCAGAACUAAAACCCAGGUCUCCUGCACCACAGACCUGAACUUGAGUCUAUUCCACUGCACUGGCUGCCUUACUGUAUGUGUCGAACAGUCCCGUUAGGACAGGUAACAUCAUUUGGCUAAAGUCUUCCAACCUACCUUACCCUAAACUAAUUUAUGUGUGUGGCUAUCGGGGCUAAAAUUCUCCCCAUCUGUUUUGGGGGCUGUCUGCUCUUCUAGUUUGUGCAUACAGGGAUUGCCUGUCCCCUUGCAUGCAGUCGGGAGAAUCCCACUUAUUAGGGGUAGGACCUUCUCCUACUCUGCCU